UUUGCUACAAGAACUGGAUCCCUCGGAGGGAACCAAAAUGCUGCUUGGAAAAACAAACAAAACGAACAAAAAAACCCCAAAAACGCUCAUCCCGCUCAGGAACUCCCGCUCCUUUGUCUGCCCCCCAAAUUCCAGAGCUGCUCUUGAGAUGUCCCCCUGGAGAGAACCAGGGUUGGAUUCUGCUCCUGCUUGGAAUUCAAGUAUCCAGGAGGGCAUCGCAGCUCUCCAGAAGGAGGUCCCAACCCCAAGGAGGAUGUCCCAGGCCUCGAGGGGAGCGUGCUGGAGCCUGGGAAGGGAAUCCCACACCUUGAGGAGGACAGCCUGGUCUGGAGGAGGAGGAGAUCCCAGCUCCAAGGAGGGCACCUCCAGGAGGGGAUCCAAGAUCUUGGGAAGGUCAUCCCAGCCCUCAGGGAGGGUAUCCCAACCUCUGAGGAGGGAAUCCCAGCCUUUAAGCACGGCAUCCUACUCCAAGGAGGACAUUCCAGACCCCAAGAAGGGUAUCCCAGCCCCUGAGGAGGGAAUCCCAACCCCAAGGAGAGCAUUCCAGACCUCGAGGAGAGCAUCCCAACCCCGAGCAGGGCUUCCCAGACCCCAAGGAGGGACAGCCAGACCUCAAGGAGGACAUCUCAGCUCCAAGGAGGACAUCCCAGCUCCAAGGAGGGCAUUCCAGACCUCGAGGAGAGCAUUCCAGACCUCGAGGAGAGCAUCCCAGCUCCAAGGAGAGCAUUCCAGCCCUGCAGCUGCGAAGGAGGGGGCUGGGAGGCAGCUGAUCCUCCAGGAUCCCGGUGUUCCCGCUCCGUUGGGUCGCCUUCUCCCACCAGGCAUUCCCAGAGUUUGUCCUUUGGGCGCGCUUCUGGCCGGACGCGCGCGCGGUCGGCGCCGGGACACGAGGAGAAGCCCAGGGGAUGCUGAGGGGAGGCCAGCGCCCCUUUCCCUGUCCCCUCUUGCUUUGGCAAUGGUCACAGGCUACAUGCUCCCGGGAAAACCCAAAAAAAAAAAAAAUUGGGGGGAAAAAUAUUGUAAAAAAAGGCAGGAAAAUGGCCACCAAAAGUGGUGGGAAAGCGACCAAAGGGGAUGAGACUGGCAGGUGCUCCCGGUCCAUCCGGAGUUCUCUUGGGUAUUGCAGUGAGUGUGUUGUUAGCACGUGGCAAAGCUACAUAAGAGAAGAUGCUACAUUCCUUGGAAAACAAAAAUAGUGCUGAGUUGGAUUUGUUCUGAGUUCGGUGGGGUUUUCCCCUUGGAAAGCCACCUUUUCCACGGAGGCAGGGAAAGGGAGUGGCAGGAAAAAGGAACCUCGUCCUCAGCCAGCCUGGGCUGCUCCCAGCAGGGGUGGGAGAGAACUGGGAGCGUCCAGGACGAGGUCUGGGAACAGUCUGGGGUCGUUGGCAGUCGCAGCCCUCGGAGGGAAUUUUCACCUCUCCUUCCCCCCUGCCUCACACCUGGUCCUCGCUCCCUCUCCCUUCCCAGGGAAGGCGUCCAGGGCAGAUUUUUUGUGGGGGAAGGAGAUUGAAAAUUUAAAAAAAAAAAAAAAAA